GGAUCUCAGAUCUCCGCAAGGGGGGGAGCAGAUCCUUUCCCCCCCCUUGCCCCGCCCCCGUUUCUCUUUUCCUGGGUUGACCCCAGAUCUGCUCUACCCGGGGAGGAGGAGGAGGACGGAUCUCGGAGGGGGGAGCGGCUUCUGGGCGGCGGGGCUGCUCUCUGGAUCUGUCUCGCCGCCUUCUUCUUCCUCUUCCUCCUCCUCUUCGCCUCCCCCUCCGCUCGCGCCGCUGCCUUUCCAUAAACAUCUGGAUCAGGGGAGGGGCUUUUUUCCGCCCCCCUCUCUCUCUCUUGGAGGGGCUCUGGGCAAUUGGCAACCUCUGAAUGGCUCCGGGGGAGAGGAGAGCGCGAGUAGAAGUUUAGGUUUCACAGUGAUAGAAGAACGUUUUAGGUUUAAACCAUGCCUGUCCCUCCUCCUCCAGCUCCUCCCCCUCCUCCAACACUUGCCUUGGCGAAUACAGAAAAGCCGAGCUUAAACAGAUCAGAGCAAGCAGGGCGAAAUGCUCUUCUCUCCGAUAUUACCAAAGGGAAAAAACUUAAGAAGGCUGUUACCAAUGACAGGAGUGCCCCAGUCUUCGAUAAACCUAAAGGGUCUGGUGGUGGAGGUGGCUUCACGAGCAGCAGCAGCAGCGGUGGUGGUGGCGGUGGUGGCGGCGGUGGCGGCAGCUAUGGUGGAGGAGGACCACCUGGUUUAGGAGGUCUGUUCCAAGCAGGGAUGCCCAAACUCCGAUCUGCAAACAGGGAUAACGAUUCUCCGGGAAGCAGGGCUCCAGUGUUCCCACCGGGAGGAAAAGCAACGUCGGCAAAGCCCUUUUCACUCCCAGGUGGUGCAGGCCGGUUUGCAGGCCCUUCUCCCGGGCAAAGAACUGCCGUUCCAGAGCCACAGAGGAGCCGAAUGCCUCCACCGAGACCUGACCCUGGUUCCAGGGCAGAUAUGGGCGCUCCUCCCGUGCCAAAUACUCCAAGACCUGUCCCAUCAACGCUGUACAACCGAGGACCCCCUCCUGUGCCCGGAGCCAGCAGGCAAGUCAGCUUAGGCCUCACACCUCCGCCUUUCCCCGGAAAUCGAUUCGGAGGGUCCCUCCGCCAGUCGUCGCAAGGGGGUCAUCCUCCUCCUUUCGCAAACAGGCCUCCUCUUCCUCCGGCCCCAGGCAGGCCGACAGAAGACAAGCCUCCGCCGCCGCCGCCCCCAGCAGGAAACAGGCCACCUCUCAACCGGGAAGCUUCCUUGCCACCGCCUCCUCCACCUCAAAACAACAGGCCUCCAAUUCCUUCCACGCCUCGGCCAUCCUUUGGCUCUCCAGUCCCUCCUCCGCCACCUCCAAGCAGGCCAGGCCCGCCUCUGGUUCCACCGACGUCCGGCGGAAACGAUGAGAUGCCGCGGCUUCCUCAGAGGAAUAUAUCGCUAGCGUGUCCUUCUCCGCCGAGCCUGCCUGGUUCUUGUCGCUCUGGACCUCUCCCUCCGCCACCAGGAGAGAGGCCGCCACCUCCCGUCAGAGACCCGCCCAGCAGAUCAGGACCCCUUCCUCCACCUCCGCCGCCAAUAAGCAGAAACGGUAGCACUUCACGGGCUUUGCCAGCUACCCCACAGCUUCCUUCCAGAGGCGGGCUUGAUAAACACAGAGGCGGACCACUUCCUCCUCCACUUCCUCCUGACAGGCCUGCUUCUGGAGCACCUCCCCCACCACCGCCACCUUCGUCCGCCAUGCGAAACGGUUUCCAGGAUUCUUCAUGCGAUGAUGAGUGGGAGAGCAGAUUUUCCUUCCAUCCUAUGUCUGACCUGCCACCUCCAGAGCCGUAUGUGCCAAUGAACAAAAGCUACCCCAGUAAACUUGCAAGGAAUGACAACAGAAGUGGAUCCAGUCGUAGAGAAAGAGGUGCUCCGCCACUUCCACCUAUUCCAAGGUGAAGUGGGGCUGUUGACCUCUCUGGGGAUGUGACUGCUUUUCUGAAAUUUCCCUUGAACCCAGCAGUCUUGUCAAAAGGUUUCCUUUCAUACCACACUUUUUUGGGGGGGCUGGGGAAUCCCACUCUGGGUAUCAUUUUCAGAUCAAGCUGUCAGAAUCCUGCUCAGGUUAUUCCUGCCGAUUUCCACCUUGGUUCUACAAAUCAAAGAUUUUGUGAACUGUAAUCCAAAUCCCCAUUGAUGGGGAUUUUAAGUUACUUUGAAAUUAAUGGGGACUUGCUUCCAAUAAGGUGCUUAGUAUUGGGGGAGUGGUAUAUUAUUAUUACUAUCGUUACCUUGAAAAGUGUCUUGCAAGGCAUAGUAGGGACUGUAUAGAUCACAUUUUGGAGCUCAGUCCAAGUCUUGCCAGUACCAUCAAAAAGAGCCAAGACUUUCAGCUUGUCUUGUAUUGCGGGACAAUAACAUUUUACAAAAUUCAAGUCUCUGUUACAUUAACCUGAAGCAUAGCUUCCUUGACAACCUUCUGUAUUUCUUUCCAUGAUAAAUAUCAUUCGUAGCACUUUCUCUCCCCCCCCCAAAUUGCAGUCUUGUCUGAGAUUACUGAUCAAAUUGAUCAAAUUAGCUUGACGAUGAGAGGUAGGGGGAAAGAACUACAUGGCACAACUUUUAAUACAUUCCGUCUCUGGAAAGAGUUGGGAUUCAUUGUACGUGACAUUCUUACUCUCUCUCAGGCAAUCUGCGAAAACUUUAAUGAAUUGUAGCCCUUCAGAGACCAAAAGAAUGUUGCUCUGUGUUUGCCAAAGCAUCAGUAGCAACUUUUAACAAAUCCACCGAAAAUGCCUAUGUCACAAUUCAGGGCAGUACGUGCACGGAAGCAGGCUUCCAAGCAUGUAAAUCUAGCUGGAGGGAGGGAGGUGUCUACAACCAAAUACUGUGUACACAGAUCCUUCCUCCUGUCCCAGAGGCAGGGACUGUUUGCUCAGACACCUCCAUUUUCUUUAUUAAAAAAACAAACAAACAGCUAAGAUCUUGCAGGUGGACUUUUCAGCUUUGGAAACUGGGGUGUCUUCUAGCCAAACAGCUGGAUUGGUGGAGUUUCAUAUUUUGGAAGAAGAAGAAAAAAGAAUUUGGGGCUUGCAGGUGCUACAAAACAACAGGAUUCAAGGUGUCAUUGUCAUCUUGGAAGUUAAGUUCUUCUUUUGCUAACAGUUAUGCUGUUGGGCUUUUCCUCUGGGGUGAGUUUUACCCCAUGGCUUCUGAAUUGGUGGUUCUACAAAACGAAUCGUUGUAAAGCUCUCUCCUUUGAACUAUGCAAGGCAAAUAUUCAAAGUUAGUGUACAUAAGCAACAAUAGAUGCUAAUAGGACUCUUUCUGUGGCUUUCUGCUAACACCUCUGCCCUGAGCUUCCAUUUCUUUCAUGGUACCAUUGAAACUGUUCUUAGCUAUGAAAAGAUUUUUUUAUUUGGCUCCUGUGUGCUGAAGACACUCCCCUCUCCUUUGAUGUGGCAGCUGUUAAUCAAGCAUCCAGCUGCAAGCAGGAAGUGUCAGCAAGAGACAUUUGGUUGACCUGUUACAAGCUUUUUCCUUUCCAUGAGGUGCAAAACAACUGGACAGCAUUUUAAAGUUACGGUUUUGUUGCAAAAUUUCAUUACUUUUCGCAGGAAUUUUCUUGUCAUUCUGACAGUUGAAAAGUGCAUUUACUCUUUCACAACCAAUUCACCUUUACACACAUGAGAGAAAUGUGGUCCUUAAUUGGAACAUGAUUGAGAAUGGGAUGACUAUUUAUGGAAGCUCUGAAGAUGGCUCUCUUGUACACAUUACUAUGCAAAUUGGAGACAAAAGGAUGACUUUUCUGGUGAUGUCAUGAAUGAAAAAGUGGGAAGAUGGAAGAUGUGUAUUAUAGUAUAAUAAUAUCCAAAGUUAAGUUGUGGUGGGACAGUUGGAGCAAGAUUUCCUUAGAGAUGCACAUGAAAAGUAUACUUAGAUCUUUGGGGAAGCUUUGAAAAGGAACUCUGAAAUAUUCACAAUGGUGCAGCCAAGGUUGCACUUUGCUUUAGACCAGAGGUUCCCAAACUAUGGUGGUCCAUGAGCUUCAUUCAGGUGGUCUGUGGCAUGUCUGUGAAGAACACUUACAAUUUGAAUUUAAUGGUAAUAAUAGUAAAGUACAAUAUAAGAAAUAAAACAAGCCAUAAAAAUUCAACUAAAGCUCACACUGCAAUUGUAAUUGCUCGUUACAAUGGCUACAACAGGCAAAUAAUAAUCAUCAAGAGGUCUGCCAAGACCCAUAGCAAUUAUCAAGUGAUCUGUUAGGAAGCCACUACUUUAGACUAUGUGCAUUCCCGUUGAUGAUAAAUAAAGCAGGCUGGAGCUUUAGGAUGGAGAAACAUUGCUUUGCAUUUACAAUCUGUGUGUACAGAAAUAUGUAUGUAAAAGCUUUUUUAUGACUCUUUUUCAUUAAAAGAAAAAAAAGUUA